AACAUCCCUUACAUUUUCACAUGGAUCAACAACACCCUUUCAAUUACCACAACUAAUUCAAUGACCCAAUUUCCUUAACCCUUAACCCUUAACCCUCUUGUUCAACCCCCAAUUUACUCUUCAUUCAGCUCAAAGUUCAGUUUUUUAAUUUUACUUAAGAAAAAAAAAAAAAAAAAAUUUCUCAGUAACAGCAAACACCCUUUGAAGCUCCACAUCAAAAUCAAAUACCCAAUAAGCUUAACCCUCAAUUCUUCCAAUCCAACCUCAUUUUUCUUCCAAUUCAGCUCCGAAGUUUCAAUUGGUAGCUCUAUCAGAAGAAAAACGGGGAAAGGGUUUUUGAGAGUGAUCAUAUGGGUAACAUAGGAAGUAGUAGUGCCAGCAACCGCAGAAGACACGGUGGUGGCGGUGGCGGAAGUGGACGGAGGAUCCAUCCUCCACCUCCUCCUCCGCCGCCGGUGACGCCACAGCCGGAAAUCACAGCCAAUCGGUUCGUGUACCCUGCUGCUGCGACUCCAUAUCAUAACUAUCCCGGUUAUUAUCCGCCGCCGGUGCCUUUGCCGGCACCUUAUGACCACCACCACCGGCCCGCGGCGGUGGAGCCGAUGUGGGGGCGGUAUCCUCCGCCGGCAGCGCCUAUGCCUCCGACGCCGUAUGUGGAGCACCAGAAGGCGGUUACUAUAAAAAAUGAUGUGAACAUCAAGAAGGAAACUUUGAGGAUUGAAGCUGAUGAAGAGAACCCUGGGAAGUUCCUUGUUUCAUUCACAUUUGACGCCACCGUUUCUGGGAGCAUUACCAUACUUUUCUUUGCAAAAGAAGGUGAAGGCUGCAUUCUUACUCCAAUGAAGGAAGAUUCUCUUCCACCUGUGACUGUACAUUUCCAGCAAGGUCUUGGCCAGAAGUUUAGGCAGCCAGCUGGAACCGGUAUUGAUUUUUUGCAAUUUGAGGAAUCCGAGUUAUUGAAAGUGGGAGAGAUGGAUAUCUAUCCUCUAGUAGUUAAGGCAGAUGCAAUGUUGGGUGAUCAUGAUGGAUCAAAUGAGACUCCAAAUGACGGAUCAAAUGAGACUCCAAAGCAUGGAUCAAAUGAAACUCCAAAUGAAGGAUCUAAUGAAACUCCAAAUGAAGGACCUAAUGAAACUCCAGUAACAGGUAUUACAAACUCGCAGAUAACAAAAGCAGUGUUUGAGAAGGAGAAAGGGGAAUUCCAGGUGAAGGUUGUCAAGCAGAUCUUGUGGGUGAAUGGAUUGAGGUAUGAGCUGCAGGAGAUAUAUGGCAUUGGAAAUUCAGUGGAGAGUGAAGUGGAUGGAAAUGACCCAGGAAAAGAAUGUGUUAUUUGUCUGUCAGAGCCCAGGGAUACAACUGUCCUUCCUUGCCGUCACAUGUGCAUGUGUAGUGGAUGUGCGAAGGUUUUGAGGUUCCAGACAAAUAGGUGUCCAAUCUGCAGACAACCAGUUGAGAGGCUUCUGGAGAUCAAGGUUGGGGCAGAAGCCGAACCUCAGGAGUGAAGAAGAUGAAGACAGUGAUAGUUGACUCAAGCUUCCUGUACAGUCCAAACUCCAAAUUGUGUUAUAUAUAUAUAUACUUGAUAGUUUGCCUUACUUUCUGGGUUUUUCCCAAUAAUCACCCCAAAAAGGGGGUAAAAAAAAAUUCUAAAAAAGGAAUCUAUUUAUGACAUAUUCUGUGACAUGGUCAAGCGGCUGGCAUUGCACCUGAGUUUGUAAGCUAAUGCCUCCACCAUGCUUAUUUGAUUUUGGCUUCCCUUCAAAAAUAUAAUUGAAUGCUUUUCUCAUUUCUUUGGAUGCCAUCAUUUUGU